AUGGAAACAAGUGACAUUGGAGCAUAAAUUGCCCAUCAUUGUCUAAUAACAUUUAUGUUAUGAAUUAUUACAUCCAUCGAUCACUCCAUCCAUUUUUGGGACCCUAUCCCAGCUGACUUCAGGCAAAAGGAAGACUACACCCUGGAAUGGUCGCCAGUCAACCAGGGCAUAUACAGACACAGAAGACCAUCCACACCGUCACUGAGUGGGAACUGAACCCACGCUGCUGCCCGCACAGAAGUCAGGCGAGUGUAGGAUAAAACCAUCAGUGACCACAGAAAUGAUUCAAUUUCAGGCAAAUCUUUUCAUCAUAUUUGUGUACAACCCAAAAGUGGCAAUUUGAGAUUUUUGAUUGACUGAACGAACAUGUUUGUAAACCAGUUUACGAGAAUAAUUGCAAUAGAGGACAUCAAGCAUUUUACAAAACAACACCGAAUCAGGACAGCAGGCAAUGAUCCUUCCCUCCUGUUGCAAACCUGGACUAUGUAAAUGAAAGGGAAACUCCAGUUCAGUGUCAUGUUUACGUUUGUGGGUCAAUCCAAUGUCCAUCACAAGUGUGAUAAAAAGAGAGCUAACAGGCUCUGAUGUUCACUUUGCGGAUACACAAUUUAGACAAGCUAGUUUUCAUCUGAAAAGCAACAUGAGGAUGUUUGCCUUUGCGGUGGUCGCCAUGUUUGUCUUCCAUCAGGUGCCAGGCUGCCUCUCAUCCUGCUCCAUUAUUGGCUCUGUAGCCAACUGUGCCUUUAAGAACCUACAAUGGAUUCCUUCCCUACCUCCCAACAUCACCCACCUGUAUUUAGAGAUGAACCACAUCGGUGAGAUUAACGCCACCUCUUUGUCUGGUCUGGAGAUGCUACAAGUGCUGGACUUGGGUCAUCAGUAUUCAAGUCUCGUGAUCCAAAACAAUGCAUUCAGCAGACAAAGACACCUCCGGAAGUUGGAGCUGGGCUUCAAUACAAGGCUUCAACUGGAGCCGCAGGCCUUUUUGGGAUUGUCCGGUUUGCAGAGUCUCCACCUGGAUUACUGUUCCCUUCAGGAAUCCAUUCUGAAGGAAAACUAUCUGAAGCCGCUUUCUUCAUUAGAGACUCUUAACCUGUUUGGUAACCAGAUAAAAAGACUCCAACCUUCAAUGUUCUUUUCCAAUAUGACUCAUCUGAAACAUUUGAAUCUAAAACUGAAUCGUAUCAACAAAAUAUGUGAACCUGAUCUAGCUGCCUACCAGGGAAAGCAAUUUGAAUCCUUGAAUUUAGACUCAAACAACCUUCAGGCUAUGUACAAUGAAAGCUUUGAUCAGCGUACUUGUGGGAACCCUUUCAGAGGAAUAUCUUUUAGAACACUUGACUUGUCCCAUAAUGGGUUCAGCAUAGGCAAGUUAAAGCUGUUUUUUAAAGCUAUCGAGGGUACUAAAAUCUCUCAUCUCAAGCUAUCAGGACACAUAGGUAAAGGCUUUUCAUUUAGCAAUCUCCUGGAUGUGGACAGAAGCACUUUUGAGUGCCUGAGGACCAGCUCAAUCAGUAUACUGGAUCUGUCUAAAAACAGGAUAUUUGCAUUGCAAAAGAAAGUAUUCAGUCCACUACCAGAAGCUCAAGUCAUUGACCUCUCUGGAAACCAACUUAAUCAGAUAGAUAAGAAUGCCUUUGAAGGCCAGGAACAUUUAGAGACACUUAACCUGUCGCAUAAUUUGCUCGGAGAUAUCCGCGCUCACAGUUUUGCUCCUCUAAGGAACCUACACGUGUUGGACCUCUCUUACAAUCACAUCGGUGUAUUUGGCUAUCGUGCGUUCAGCGGACUUCUCAGUCUAGAAGUACUAAAUCUGACUGGAAACUCUCUCAGGAAGUUCGGCUUCCCCAGCACUCUGCCGAGUUUAACUUAUCUCAAUCUGUACGACAAUAAAUUGACCUUCGCAGCAGUGGACAGCAUCACAGCGUUUGCCCCUAAUGUCACAUAUUUGAACAUUCAGACCAACAGAGUGGAAAACCUGCAGGGUGUGUACAUAUUUAUGACUAAGCUGAAAAAACUCCAGCAUCUCUUCUAUGGAGGGAACCCCAUCAAAUGGUGCACAAUGAAUACGCAAGCUUCAGAAAAGAAGGAAAGCGGUGUUAAAGUGUUAGAUCUUCACAGCAGUAACUUGCAGUCGAUUUGGUCUCAAGGCAAAUGCCUCGAUCUGUUUGAAGGUCUCUGUCAUUUGGUUUGCCUGAGCUUGAGCUCGAACAACUUGCGCUCUCUUCCUGAAGGCAUCUUCAAGGGUCUCACCUCACUUCUUGACAUGAACCUCUCAUUCAACACUUUAACAUAUCUCCAGCCUGAUGCGUUUCCCCAAAGCCUCAAAUUACUUAACCUCGCGAACAAUUUCAUAGCGUCCCCCGACCCGGCCUCCUUCCGCACUCUUAGCGCCCUCAACUUCAAAAUUAACCGAUUCCACUGUAACGCGAACCUUACAAACUUCUUGAUGUGGAUUAAGGAAACAAAUGUGACUUUCUUGAGUCCUGUUGAGGAGUUCAGAUGUGAAUUUCCGAUUGCUUUCUAUAAAGUUCCGUUGUUGGAUUACUCCAUUCAGCUUCUUGGCACUGGAAGCACUUAAAAGGGUUUAUACUGUAUUCCACCCUUUAUACGGCAGCAAACAUGAAUAAUACUUAUUUGAAUUAAAAACAAAUAUAUAUAUAUAUAUAUAUAUAUAUAUAUAUAUAUAUAUAUAUAUACCUACAUUUUUACUGACAUCUUUACACAAAAAGUAAUUGUUUUUAUUUCUCUUAAAUUGUAACAAUUCACAUAAUACAUUAUGUAUUAUAUAUACAUAAUAGUAUACAGGCAUGUGCAGACGUAGCAUGCUCAAGCACCUGCCAUUUUGCCCUGGAUUGGACAAAAAAAGUGCCCUUUUUGCUGCAGCCUUUUUUUUCUUCAUUCAUUGAUCUUUUGUUGUUGUUGUUGUUGUUGUUUUUAAUUAAAAUGUUCCCCCUCUGUCAUCGAUUUCACCCAAUGUGUUUUGAAAUUUGACUUGCAUUUAUUUGAGUCGUUGGGAGAUUUGUAGCUUCCGCCUUGACUAAAAAAAACGGCCAUUUGAACAGGAGUCUGUUGUCUUUUUAUAUCCACUGUAGCCUCCCUUCACCUGCUUUGUUAAUAGCUGUAUUAUUGACUGAAACAGAAAUAAAAACAUAAGUUAACGACACAAUCCUGUUUGUUCUUAAUUGUAUGACUAUGUUGUGCCCUUUUGCCUGCAGGAAGCUGCAGGCAUUUUUUCAAAUUGUACACCAGAGGGCAGCAUAGAGCUAAUAACCACCGACCUUGAGGUCGCCAGUCUUCUACCGUCCAGUCAAGUUCCCACUGUGAACCUUCAGUGUCAUAUUAUUUUUGUUGUUGUUGUUGAAGAUAUACCUAUGUCUGAAAAUGUACAGUUACAAAUAUGGGGCCAACGGUAAAGUUUGUUUGUAUGAAUGUGGUUUAGAAAAUGGAAACAACUCUGCUUUUUAUUUUGCGCAAGACCAUCGUGUGAGUUUGUCCGAAGAAUUGUUUCACUACUGUACUACUCAUUGCAGAAUUACAUUGGCAUACUGUACUCAGAUACACUCCCGCUGUCCUAAUAAAGCUGCACGCUGGUCAUGAAAUAUUUAAUUGCUAUGCAGGGGGUGAGGAG